AUGGACAGUGAAUAUAGAAUAGUCCUCAAUGUUGGAGGUGUUCGACAUGAAACAUAUAAACAUACACUUAAAAAGAUUCCAGCUACACGACUUAGCAGACUUACACCUAAUUUGGCUAAUUAUGAUCCUAUUUUGAAUGAAUAUUUCUUUGAUCGGCAUCCAGACGUUUUUGCACAAGUGCUUAAUUAUUAUAGAACGGGGAAAUUGCAUUAUCCACUUGAUGUCUGUGGUCCACUUUUUGAAGAAGAACUCAAGUUUUGGGGAAUAGAUGCAAACGAAGUGGAAAGUUGUUGUUGGAUGACGUAUACCACACAUAGAGAUACUCAAGAAGUUCUUCAAAAUUUGGAAAAGUUAGAUCUUGAUGAUGAAGCUAUGAAAGAUGAGGAGAAACUCUACAGGCGGUUUGGACUUGACGAAGAAUUUCGAAACAAAGAAUUAAAUUUAUGGCAAAAAGUAAAGCCUAAGAUGUGGCGUUUGUUUGAUGAACCUUCUUCAACUACUGGGGCGAAGGUAACUUCAUUAAGUAUAUUCCUAGUAGCUCUUUUAUUCCUUAUUUUAUCCGUCCUAUUUUCGAUAGUCGCAGUAAUCUCAGUAUUUUUUCUUAUUUGUGCCAUUCUUGCCUUUUGCCUUAAAACACAUCCAGGAUUGAGAGUUGAGGAUCCAGGCAGUUCUCAAAUACAAGAAGAAACAUUAGCAAUUAAUUUAACAAAUAAUUCUUCUUCUUUUAAUUCUUCCAUAAAACCUUCAAGAGAAAAACCUCCUCCACCUUUACAAAAUGAACAACAACACGAACAUCAACAUCCAACCCAAAAACCUUUUUUUAAAUAUAGAACAGAAUCGAUAGGAUCUGAUCCUGUUAAUACAAAACCACAUCCAAGCUUUUUGAUAAUUGAAACUAUUUGUAAUAUUUGGUUUACAAUUGAAAUUUUAAUUAGAUUCUUCACAUGCCCAUCAAAACUUGAUUAUUUCAAAUCCCCUGUAAAUAUUAUUGAUAUUGUUGCAACUGUAACAUUUUAUAUAGACUUUUGUUUAACUACUUGGUUUGAGGCAACAUCUGAUUUAGAAUUCUUUUCAAUAAUUCGAAUUUUGAGGCUUUUUAAACUUACACAGCAUUCACAAGGAUUGAAAAUAUUGCUUUAUACAUUGAGAGCAUCAGCAAAGGAGUUAAUGCUUCUUGUAUUUUUCCUUUUAUUGGGCAUUGUUGUGUUUGCUUCUUUAAUUUAUUAUGCUGAACGUUUAGAAGAAAAUCCUGAAAAUCAGUUUCAUUCAAUUCCUCUCGGUCUUUGGUAUGCAAUUGUUACAAUGACUACAAUUGGUUAUGGUGAUAUGACUCCCCAUACUUGGAGUGGAAGAUUAAUUGGUUCAAUCUGUGCAUUAACUGGUGUAUUAACAAUUGCUUUACCUGUACCAGUUAUUGUAGCAAACUUUGCAAUGUAUUAUUCACACACCCAGGCUAGAAGUAAAAUGCCAAAGAGGAGAAGAGGGGUUUUAAGUAUGGAACAGGUAAAUUAA